UUACAUGCAGGCAAGAAGCAGAGAUCGCGACGUUACGUCGUAGCCAUUUUGUUUCACCGGGAGUAAAGAAACCAACCUGAAAAGCACCGGCGUGAAUAUUUUCCUUUAUUUGGAGCACCUUCAACACGGCGGAUCAGCAUCGUGCACCCAAGUUUAGAUUCGCAUGAUGUCUGGAGACAUGGCCACAGAUCAUGUAAAUGGGAAUGGUACAGAGGAACCCAUGGACACUACAGCGGAGGUGACCCACUCAGAACACUUCCCAGCUUUACUGGAGGCUGGUUUACCUCAGAAUGUGGCUGAGAAGCUAGAUGAACUUUACGUUGCAGGUCUAGUAGCACAUAGUGACCUAGAUGAAAGGGCUAUUGAAGCUUUGAAAGAAUUCAAUGAAGAGGGAGCCCUGCAAGUGCUGGUCCAGUUCAAAGAGAGUGAUCUGUCACACGUGCAAAACAAAAGUGCCUUUCUCUGUGGGGUGAUGAAGACUUACAGGCAGAGGGAGAAACAAGGGACUAAAGUUUCAGAUUCCACUAAAGGACCAGAUGAGGCUAAAAUCAAAGAACUCCUGGACAGAACCAACUACACACUUGAUGUCACAACAGGCCAGCGGAAGUAUGGCGGGCCCCCACCUGAGUCUGUGUACUCCGGUGCCCAACCCAAUGUUGGAACAGAGAUAUUUGUAGGAAAGAUUCCCCGUGACUUGUUUGAAGAUGAGCUGGUUCCUCUCUUUGAGAAGGCUGGGCCUAUCUGGGACCUCAGGCUAAUGAUGGACCCACUGAGUGGCCUGAACAGGGGCUAUGCCUUUGUCACUUUCUGCACUAAAGAAGCAGCCCAGGAGGCAGUGAAGCUGUGCAAUAAUCAUGAGAUUCGCCCUGGCAAGCACAUCGGGGUGUGUAUAUCUGUCGCCAACAACAGGCUAUUCGUUGGCUCCAUUCCCAAGAGUAAAACAAAGGAGCAGAUUGUUGAAGAGUUUGGUAAAGUCACAGAGGGCCUCAGUGAUGUCAUACUGUACCAUCAACCUGAUGACAAAAAGAAGAACCGAGGCUUCUGCUUCUUGGAGUACGAAGACCACAAAACGGCUGCUCAGGCUCGCCGGCGGCUAAUGAGUGGCAAGGUGAAGGUUUGGGGCAAUGUGGUGACAGUAGAGUGGGCAGACCCCAUCGAAGAUCCUGACCCAGAGGUCAUGGCCAAGGUAAAGGUUUUAUUUGUGAGAAAUCUUGCCAAUGGUGUCACGGAGGAGAUCCUGGAGAAGUCCUUUAGUGAGUUUGGAAAACUGGAGCGAGUUAAGAAGCUUAAAGACUACGCCUUCAUUCACUUUGAAGAGAGGGACGGCGCAGUGAAGGCGUUGGAAGAAAUGAAUGGGAAGGAGCUGGAGGGAGAGCCCAUUGAGAUUGUUUUCGCGAAGCCACCAGAUCAGAAGAGGAAGGAGCGCAAAGCACAGAGGCAAGCAGCCAAAUCACAAAUGUACGAUGAUUAUUACUACUACCCUCCCCCUCCCCACAUGCCACCUCCUGUCAGAGGCCGAGGCAGAGGCGGCAACCGGGGUGGCUAUGCUUACCCCCCUGACUACUACGGUUAUGAGGACUACUAUGACUACUAUGGCUAUGACUAUCACAACUACCGUGGCGGCUACGAAGACCCCUACUACGGGUACGACGACUUCCAGGCCCCAAGCCGAGGACGGGGCGGCAGCAGGGGCUCCCGGGGAGGAUCCUCUCCAGCCAGAGGACGGGGCGGCGCCGGGGCACCCAGAGGCAGGGCCAACUUCUCCCAGCGGGGGGGUCCCGGACCAGGCCGCGGUGGGCGGGGAGCAAGAGGAGGCGUGCAGCCGAGAGGGCGAGGAGGGGUACGUGGUGCUCGGGGUGGCCGCGGUGGAAAUGUAGGAGGAAAGCGCAAAGCUGAUGGGUACAACCAGCCAGAUUCCAAGCGUCGCCAGACCAAUAAUCAGAACUGGGGCUCUCAACCCAUUGCUCAGCAACCGCUCCAAGGUGGUGAUCAUUCUGGUAACUAUUCCGGUUACAAAUCCGACAACCAGGAAUUUUAUCAGGAUUCUUUUGGGCAACAGUGGAAGUAAACCAGUAGGGCUUUGAUAACAAAAUACGUGUUUAUUGUUUUUGUUUUUGUCUUUUUAUUUAGAGACUUGAUCUGAUUGGCCCUCAAUCCCAUACGGUUGCCUGCAUUUUUUUCCUCAAAAUUGGUGACAUCUGGCAAGAUAUCUUUCUGUACAUAUUUUAAUAAUCCGCUUGGACUCAAACAGUAGUCACACUCCCACCUGUUUCUGGCGAACUGGUUUUUCUUUUUUUUUUCUCCUUUUGUUUUUUUUUUCCCUCUUUUUUUUAAGAUGGUCGUUUAAAAGAUUUUCCAUAAUAACGUUUGAAAAAAUUUUUAGAUGCAAAUGUGCUCGAGCUGUCUAUUUGGCUAUAGCUUUAUGUAUGUUUUUAGAGAUUCUGGUUUCCAUGUUUUAAGUAGCUAACAGCAACAAAGCAUAUGUCUCCUAAACAUGUAUUUAAAACAAAUGAAAAUACAAUUUGUAUUGUCACAAAGUAAUGCGUGUCUUGUUAUUGAAAAGAAGAAAAAAAAGGACCGUCGUAGUCCUAUUUUUUGGCUUUACAUUUUGGCUUGUAUUCUUUGCUGUUUGUCUGCUUUAAUAAACAUACACGCACACGUGUACAAAACCUCAAA